UGGGCGGGCGGGGAUUCGAACGUUUGGCGAAUGGAACGCGGAGUAGCAAAUGUUAGAACGCUGGGAGCGAGCGAGGGAGGCGGGGCUUGACAAGAGGCGCUCUUCCAGUUCUCCAGAGCCGGCGCUGAGCUCCGAAGGGCCAAUUUGAUGCCCGCGGAUCCUGCAGCUUUGCAAUUGCCUCGUGCUGCCCGCAACUCCGAGAUCUCCCAACUACUUGACUGCAUUAGUGAGAAGCCUGGCUAUAAGCGCCUUGCUCGAGAGAAGGUCGGAACUUUGAAUCAUGAGUCACCUUAACAUCCAGUCUCUCCGCGGGUUGGUGAAAAUGCUUCUGGAGUCUCCCGGAUUUGAUCGGGUGCUGAAUAAGAUGACAGUUCUUUCUGCCACUCCUGGAAAAGUUGUCUGUGAAAUGAAAGUGGAAGAGGAGCACACAAACCGAGGUGGGACUCUUCAUGGAGGAUUGACAGCAACUCUGGUAGAUAAUGUGUCAACACUUGCUUUGCUGCACACUGAAAGAGCACACCCUGGAGUCAGUGUGGAUAUGAAUAUUACCUACAUGUCAGCAGCUAAUAUCGGAGAUGAAAUCCAGAUCACUGCAGAGAUUCUGAAGCAAGGAAGAACAUUGGCCUUUGCCAACGUGGACUUAAGAAACAAGGCGACAGGGAAAUUGAUAGCCCAAGGGAGGCAUACCAAAUACCUGGGAUAAUCAUAGAAGUAUUAUUGAACAAUGAAUAAAGUGAAUUCAUCUUAAAAGGGUACUUUUCCUUCCAAAAUAAUGAAUCUAAAGCAUGAACCCUGUGUUAAAAAGGAAGUUCAGUAUGGUGACAACUCAACAGUUUUCAAUAAACUUGGUUUUAUAAACUUUGCUUGUGUGUAUUCCCCCCCCCAGUUGAUUUAGGAUAUAGCGGUGCAGGUGGUGCUGUGGUCUAAACCACCGGGCCUCUUGGGCUUGCUGAUCAGAAGGUCAGCAGUUCAAAUCCCCACGACGGAGUGAGCUCCCGUUGCUCUGUCCCAGCUCCUGCCAACCUAGCAGUUCAAAAGCAUGCCAGUGCAAGUAGAUAAAUAGGUACCGCAACAGCGGGAAGGUAAACGGCGUUUCUGUGCACUCUGGUUUCCGUCAGUGUUCCGUUGCGCCAGUAGCAGUUUAGUCAUGCUGGCCACAUGACCCUGAAAACUGCCUGUUGACAAACACCGGCUCCCUCGGCCUGAAAGUGAGAUGAGCGCCACAACCCCAUAAUUGCCUUUGACUGGACUUAACCAUCCCGGGGUCCUUUACCUUUUUACCUUUCCUUUACAGUCCUAUACUCAUUUACCUAGGAUUUGGCCCCAUUGAACUUAGUGGAACUUGCUUUUAAGUGGAUAUACGUAGGAUUGCACUAUUGGCCUACAAAGGGGCUCUCACAACUAAAAAAGUUGUGGGUGUUUUCUGGUUCUGAAAACUUACUUUCGGGGCAUAUCACAGAAUGCCUUUAUAUUCUUAUUUUUAUGUAUGUCGCAGCUGUAAUCUAUGGGCCCUUAUGU